ACUCCUUUCCUUGACAACUUCCUUCCAGCAGUGUGUAUCAGGGACAUUCCUAGAUGUGAGAAGUGUGCAGGAGGACCUGAGAGAAAGGAAUGUGUAGUAUUGAUGUAAAAAGUUGUGUGUAUAAACUGUAGGGGUACACAUGGUGCUGGAGAUCAGAUGUGUCCGGUGAGAGAAAGACAGGUUGAGGUUACCAGGAUCACAGUAGUGUAGAAGGUGUUGUAUGCUGAGGCAGUGAAGGGAGUAGUAGAGGAAGAUGGGUCCAGGGUGAGGGAUCCUGAGAGGGUCUCUGUAAUUAGGCCGAGGUCAAUAGAGAGUGACAGGAAUAACAUGCUUCAGUAAGUUUUGGCCAAGUUCAUGGCCAUGGUUGUCAACUGUACCACAGUAAUAGAAUGUAAAACACAGUGGAUAGAUGUUGUGGUGGCAGCUGUUGAGAAGUACUUGGGUGUAUAAUAUUUUACUGCAUAUUUACAAGGUGUUUUGAAGGAUAAUAUCCUGUCCUCCCAGGAUGCUGGCCUGGUGUUGAAUUAGAGGGCCAAAGUAGUGGAAUAAUGAUGAGGUUUUAAUGGGUGUAGGGUUAGUUGGUUUUUCACAAAGUGUAAUGAAUUCAUACUACAGAAUAGUAGGCUGAUACACAGCCAACACACUAGGUGGGGAAGUGCACCAAUAGUCAUUGUUUUGCGGACCGCCAUAACACUAAAGAAGAAGAAGACCACUUCCUUCUCAACAUCUCUGGAUCUGGUCUGUAAAGCGGAAGAAUUAUAAAUCAAUCCAAUUUUAUUGGUCACAUACUUGUGUUUAGCAGAUGUUAUAGCGGGUGUAGCGAAAUGCUUGUAACACACUGACUACUUCGGAGGUUGCAUUGCUGUAAAUGCUGCAUGGUUCGCAGCACGUAUAGCUUGUAAUUUGGUAUUUUUUAGGCCACACCUCAGACAAUUAAAACUAUCUGGAAUCUCGGAAGAGGACGUUGUUCCAACAGACUCUGGGAUAGAGGUAGACGACAACAGUAUUUUUGGUGAAUAGGGUGUUGGACGUUUUAUUGACUUUAAUAGAUUCAAAUCUUAUCCAGGAUCUUUCUGAAGUAAGAUUAGGCUACAUCAGACAUAUAUUUGUCACAACGUAAGUCGAGUGUUGAUAUUUAUAUUUACGUUUGUUCUGGUCUAGCUUUAUCUGAACGCGGUAACAAAGAAAGUAACUAGUGUAGGCUAGCUACAGAUUUACUGUCACGUUUUUUAUUUGAAGAAACGCUGAAGAAAGAACGGCUUCAACGAUGGUUCAGGACAGAGCUAGUCCGUCCCCCUCCACCCUGCCGGAGUCCCCUGGUCACAACUCUCCUGGUAGCGCCUUACUGCUGGAUCUGAAGAGGGUUUCUGUGCUGCUGGUCGACUGCAGGAAAACAGCAGGGCAGAGUGGAACUGUGAGAGAAGGACAGGAGGAGGGAGAUUUGAUUUCAUCAAGGGACAUACACUGUUGUUCUCUCAGCGGGAGGGGCUUAUCAUCUGGGGAGCCUCAACAUCCUGUUGCUGACGAGACAGAGAAGAGUCUCUCCAGAUUAGAACACCCCAAGAAACACCAGCAGGGACAUACAGGGAAGAAACCUCACCACUGCUGCUCUGACUGUGGGAAGAGUUUCACAAGCCAGAGUGGCUUCAUUAUUCACUGUGAUCAGUGUGGGAAGAGUUUUGCUGCAUCUAACACCUUCAAAUCUAAUGUAAGAAUUCAUACAGGGGAGAAGCCUUACCCCUGCCUUGAUUGUGGGAAAAGCUUUGCUCGUGCAGGAACCUUAACUGUACACCAGCGUGUACACACUGGAGAGAAGCCUUAUAGUUGUGAUCAGUGUGGGAAGAGCUUCAAUCAGUCAGGCAGCCUGACUACACACCAGCGUGUACACACAGGAGAGAAACCUUAUAGUUGUGAUCAGUGUGGGAAGAGCUUCAAUCAUUUAGGCAACCUGACUACACACCAGCGAACACACACAGGAGAGAAGCCUUAUAGUUGUGAUCAGUGUGGGAAGAGCUUUGCUGUAUCAGAAACACUAACUAGACACCAGCGAAUACACACUGGAGAGAAGCCUUAUAACUGUGGUCAGUGUGGAAAGAGCUUUGCUGGAGUUUCGUCCCUGACUGCACACCAGCAAACUCACACUGGAGAAAAGCCUUACAGCUGUGAUCAGUGUGGGAAGAGCUUUGUUAUAGUUUCCUCCCUGAUUACACACCAGCGAACUCACACUGGAGAAAAGCCUUACAGCUGUGGUCAGUGUGGGAAGAGCUUUGCUGUAGCUUCCACCCUGAUUACACACCAGCGAACUCACACUGGAGUGAAGCCUUAUAGCUGUGAUCAGUGUGGGAAGAGCUUUGCUGCAGCUUCCGCCCUGAUUAUACACCAGCGAACUCACACUGGAGUGAAGCCUUAUAGCUGUGAUCAGUGUGGGAAGAGCUUUGCUGCAGCUUCCGCCCUGAUUAUACACCAGCGAACACACACAGGAGAGAAACCUUAUAGCUGUGAUCAGUGUGGGAAGAGCUUCAAACAUUCAGGCAGCCUGACUACACACCAGCGAACACACACAGGAGUGAAGCCUUAUAGCUGUGAUCAGUGUGGAAAGAGCUUCAAACAUUCAGGCAACCUAACUACACACCAGCGAACACACACAGGAGAGAAGCCUUAUAGUUGUGAUCAGUGUGGGAAGAGCUUUGCUGUAUCAGAUAGACUAACUAGACACCAGCGAAUACACACUGGAGAGAAGCCUUAUGACUGUGGUCAGUGUGGAAAGAGCUUUGCUAGAGUUUCCUCCCUGACUGCACACCAGCAAACUCACACUGGAGAAAAGCCUUACAGCUGUGAUCAGUGUGGGAAGAGCUUUGUUAUAGUUUCCUCCCUGACUGCACACCAGCGAACUCACACUGGAGAAAAGCCUUACAGCUGUGGUCAGUGUGGGAAGAGCUUUGCUGUAGCUUCCUCCCUGACUGCACACCAGCGAACUCACACUGGAGUGAAGCCUUAUAGCUGUGAUCAGUGUGGGAAGAGCUUUGCUGUAUCAGAAAAACUAACUAGACACCAGCGGAUACACACAGGAGAGAAACCUUAUAGAUGUGAUCAUUGUGGAAAGAGCUUUGCUCAAUCAGAAAAACUAACUAGACACCAGCGGAUACACACAGGAGAGAAGCCUUAUACCUGUGAUCAUUGUGGAAAGAGCUUUGCUCAAUCAGAUAACCUGUAUUCACACCAGCGGAUACACACUGGAGAGAAGCCUUAUAGCUGUGAUCAGUGUGGGAAGAGCUUUGCUCUAGCUUCCACCCUGACUAGACACCACAGAACACACACUGGAGAGAAGCCGUAUAGCUGUUAUCAGUGUGGGAAGAGCUUUGCUCUAGCUUCCCACCUGACUGCACACCACAGAAUACACACAGGAGUGAAGCCUUAUAGUUGUGAUCAGUGUGGAAGGGGCUUUUCUCAAUCAGUAACCUGGAAUAUACACCAGCGAACACACACAGGAGAGAAGCCUUAUAGCUGUGUUCAGUGUGGAAAGAGCUUUGCUGUAUUUUCCUCCCUGUCUACACACCAGCGAACACACACUGGAGAGAAGCCUUAUAGCUGUGAUCAGUGUGGGAAGAGCUUUGCUGCAGGUUCCACCCUGACUAGACACCUGCGAACACACACAGGAGAGAAAUCUUAUAGAUGUGAUCAUUGUGGAAAGAGCUUUGCUCAAUCACAAAAACUAACUAGACACCAGCGAACACACACUGGAGAGAAACCUUAUUAGCUGUGAUCAUUGUGGAAAGAGCUUUAAUCAGUCACUGGCCCUGAAAUCACACAAGCAAACACACACUGGUGAGAAAGAAGCCUUAUAUCUGUGAUCAGUGUGAGAAGCGUUUCAGUCAGUUAUGGACCCUUUAUUCACACCAGUGAAGCUCUGUUUAUUUAGGGCCAAUGAGAAAGAAACAGAAAGCACAAACUUGCUGUAAUUAGAUAACCUGAAUUCACACCAGCGAAUACACGCUGGAGAGAAGCCUUAUAGCUGUGUUUCAUCUCCCUCCUUUCUGGCACAGUUUCCAGAUCCCUAAAUAAACUAUAAAAUCAAAUGUAUUUAUAUAGCCCUUCUUACAUCAGCUGAUAUCUCAAAGUGCUG